AUGGAAUAUAUUCAUAGUACAAGGGGUCAAAAGGUACAUAAAAAUAUAAAAUAUGAAAUUAUAAACAACCGCGUGCCAACAGUGCUGUGCGUCUUCACUGUCAAACUCUCAGAUCUACCCCCACUCUCCCCCUUUUAUUCUGUUUAUAGGCAUCCAAUUUCCACUCACUAUCUACAAAUUCAACAUUUCGAUAGAAAUUCGGAGCUUAGAUCCAUUAUCUGGACGCCAGUUGCUCGGACUAUAAAUCUGGCAUCUGGAAUAGUCUAUUAUCUUUGA